AUGGACAUGCGCUUUCGUCCCUCCACUGGAGAGCAGCAUUGCCAAGUCCAGGGUGGCGGUGCCACUGCUUGCGGCAGUGGCUGCGCCGCCAACGCUGCUUCGCCCGAGGCGGCUGCGGCAGCGCAACAGCAAGUGGAGUCCGGCGACGGCGUCAAACUCUUCAUCUUCUUUCUUUCGGCGUGUGUGGCCUUUGUUCCGGACCUGCUCAACUCAUACGCCAACAAUACUAGGCAAGAUGUCAACUUUGCUGAGCAGCGCCCCGAAGAUAUCAAGCAGGAGCUGAGGGAAGUGAAGGCAGCCGUCGGCAGACUGUCAUCAAAACUCGAUGCCCUUGGUUUGCUGCUUGGUUUCGUGGCGACUCUGGUGGUCUGUUUCGGGCGUUGA